UAAUUUGCCCCGUCACCGGCAGCACGAAACUCAUAGAAAACCUGUCAUCCAGUCGCAAUAAGGUUAUAGGCGGAUAAACACGGUCCCGUCGCCCUUCUUACCUACGGCAAUGGCUUUGGUCUCCGCCGACAUCGGCUCCGCUUUCUUCUGCGUCGCCAAGCGGUUCUCUGAGCACGCCCUUCGCUUAAGGAGCCCAUGUCUCCUCCCGCUUUCUCACUCGAGGAGGCUAUCUUCCGCCGCUGGGUUGGGUGCCUACAGAGUGACAUCGAAGGGGAGUAACCCUCGAUUUCCUCUCACUGCACUGACAAGUUCGAGAGCGUUCUCGCUCAGGUUUGCAACUAACGCCUCGACUACGGUGGAGGGCUCCGAUGUGCUGACGAAGAUUCCUCCGGAUGAUCGAAUUCCUGCCACCAUUAUAACGGGGUUCCUUGGUUCUGGAAAGACAACCUUGCUAAACCAUAUUUUGACUGCUGACCAUGGAAGGCGCAUUGCUGUUAUCGAGAACGAGUUUGGAGAAAUUGAUAUCGAUGGUUCUUUGGUGGCUGCAAAAACUACUGGAGUUGAAGAUAUAGUCAUGCUUAACAAUGGCUGUCUUUGCUGCACUGUGAGAGGCGAUCUCGUGAGAAUGAUUUCUGAGCUGGUUGAGAAGAAAAAAGGAAAAUUUGAUCAUAUUGUAAUAGAGACCACAGGAUUGGCUAAUCCAUCACCUAUUAUUCAGACAUUUUAUGCUGAGGAUAAGAUUUUCAAUGAUGUCAAGCUGGAUGGUGUCGUUACUCUUGUUGAUUCUAAGCAUGCUGGAAUUCAUUUGGAUGAGAAAAAACCUGAUGGAGUUGUAAAUGAGGCAGUUGAGCAAAUUGCAUAUGCAGAUAGGAUUAUAGUGAACAAGACUGACCUUGUGGGCGAGCCGGAAAUCUCUUCCUUGGUCAAGAGAAUAAGGAAUAUCAAUACCAUGGCUGAUUUGAAGCGAACUUCAUAUGGUAAAGUUGAUCUGGAUUAUGUUCUUGGCAUUGGAGGCUUUGACUUGGAAAGGAUAGAGAGCAUUGUUCGUUCUGAAGGUUCAAUUGAAGAUCACAAAGAACAUGACCAUGAACAUGAACAUCAUGAUCAUAAUCACAAUGUUGAGCAUCAUCAUCAUCACAACCAUGAUCCUAAGCAUGAUAAUCACGAGCAUCAUCAUAUUCAUGAUCCUGGUGUUUCUUCUGUAAGCAUUGUUUGUGAAGGGAGCCUCGAUCUCAACAAGGCAAACACGUGGUUGGGCACUUUAUUGAUGGAACGGAGUGAUGACAUAUAUCGAAUGAAAGGUCUUCUUUCUGUUGAAGGCAUGGAAGAAAGAUUUGUUUUUCAGGGAGUUCAUGACAUCUUCCAAGGGUCUCCUGAUAGAUUAUGGGGUUCAGAGGAACCAAGGAUCAACAAAAUCGUAUUUAUAGGGAAGAAUCUCAACGCUGAAGAAUUGGAGAAGGGCUUCAAAGCUUGUCUGUUGUGAUGGUAUUUCUUUUGCCAAAUAUUCUUCUAAUGUUUUAAUCAAUGUUGUUUAGCCUUCUCCACUUUUAUACUGAUAAAACGAGCAUUCUCUGUUUAGUGUGCAAAAUUCAGAAUAGAGCAUGCCUUGUACCAGUAGUGUUUUUGAUCCUUGCCUUGGAAGGAAAUUUCGCUUUUUUCUAGUCUCUAGCACGAGUCCGCUGUCUCAAAUUAAUCAGUCAUUUUGUAUGGGUGAUGAUUUAUGGUCCGAAACACAGUCCAUAGUGUGGCGGCAUUUUUAAUAUGUCGAAUGAUUCAGACUGAAUUCGAGCUAAAAAAUUUGUACGGUGUAGCAUUGUUCAUUUUGAUGUCUAUGGUUUCUAUCA